AUGAGGUUAAAUAAGCUAUAUACUUAUAUGUUUCUUCUUUUCCUUCUAAAUUUAAUUUUAGAAAAUACCAAAAUUUUCUGUGAAAAUAAUAAUACAGAUGAUAAUGCAAAAGAGGAAUCUAACAGUGAAGAAGAAAAAGAUACUGCUGAAGAAUUUGGUGAUGUAUCUUCUGGUGAACAUCCCAAACAAGAUGAUGGAGAAACAAAUGUAAAUAAAAAAGAAAGGAAAAAAGUUCAAGAUAAUAUACCAGAAAUAGAAGAAAGUGAAAAGCCAUUAGAUAGUAUUGAGAAUCACGAAUAUCAAACAGAAGUAACGAGAUUAAUGGAUAUAAUUGUCAAUUCAUUAUAUACACAUAAAGAAGUGUUUUUAAGAGAAUUAAUAUCAAAUGCAGCUGAUGCUUUGGAAAAAAUAAGAUUUUUAUCAUUAUCCGAUGAAAGUGUAUUAGGAGAAGAAAAAAAAUUAGAAAUAAGAAUAUCAACGAAUCCUGAAAAAAAUAUAUUAUCUAUUACAGAUACAGGUAUUGGUAUGACAAAAGAUGAUUUAAUUAACAAUUUAGGUACUAUAGCAAAAUCGGGAACUUCUAAUUUUUUAGAAGCUAUAUCUAAAAGUGGUGGUGAUAUGAGUUUAAUUGGUCAAUUUGGUGUUGGAUUUUAUUCUGCUUUUUUAGUUGCAGAUAAAGUCAUAGUUUACACAAAAAAUAAUAAUGAUGAUCAAUAUAUAUGGGAAUCAACAGCAGAUGCUAAAUUUUCCAUAUACAAAGAUCCACGUGGAUCUACAUUAAAAAGAGGUACUAGAAUUUCUUUACAUCUAAAAGAAGAUGCAACUAAUUUAUUAAAUGAUAAAAAGAUUAUUGAUUUAAUCUCAAAAUAUAGUCAAUUUAUUCAAUUUCCUAUUUAUUUACUAUACGAAAAAGUUUAUACUGAAGAAGUAUUAGCUGAUAUUGCAAAAGAGAUGGAAAAUGAUCCCAAUUAUGAUAGUGUUAAAAUAGAAGAAACAGAUGAUCCAAAUAAAAAAACAAGAACUGUAGAAAAAAGAGUUAAGGAAUGGAAAUUGAUGAAUGAACAAAAACCUAUAUGGUUAAGAUCACCAAAAGAAUUAAAAGAUGAAGAUUAUAAACAGUUUUUUAGUGUUUUAUCAGGUUUCAAUGAUGAUCCAUUAUAUCAUAUUCAUUUUUCAGCAGAAGGAGAAAUUGAAUUUAAAUGUUUAAUUUAUAUUCCUUCAAAGGCUCCAUCUGUUAAUGAUCAAUUAUUUACCAAACAAACAUCUGUCAAAUUAUAUGUAAGGAGAGUGUUAGUAGCUGAUGAGUUUGUAGAGUUUUUACCAAGAUAUAUGAGCUUUGUAAAAGGAGUAGUUGAUAGUGACGAUUUGCCACUUAAUGUUUCUAGAGAGCAACUACAACAAAAUAAAAUCUUAAAGGCUAUAUCGAAAAGAAUUGUGAGAAAAAUAUUAGAUACAUUUCGUAAAUUAUAUACAGAUGGUAAAAAAAAUAAAGAAAGUCUAAGAGCUGAAUUAGAAAAAGAAACAGAUGAGGAAAAAAAAAAAGAAAUAGAAAAAAAAUUGAAUGAACCAAGUACAUACAAAUUAAUAUAUAAAGAAUACAGAAGAUAUUUAAAAAGUGGAUGUUAUGAAGAUGACAUGAAUAGAUCGAAAAUUGCAAAAUUACUUUUAUUUAAAACUAUGCUAUACCCAAAAAGUAUUUCAUUAGAUACAUAUAUUGAAAAUAUGAAACCUGAUCAGAAGUUUAUCUAUUAUGCAUCAGGAGAAUCAUAUGAUUAUCUAUCAAAAAUACCACAACUACAAAUUUUUAAAAAAAAAAAUAUUGAUGUUCUUUUUCUUACUGAGUCAGUUGAUGAAUCUUGUAUACAAAGAGUACAAGAAUAUGAUGGAAAAAAAUUUAAAUCAAUUCAAAAAGGAGAAAUUACUUUUGAAUUAACAGAAGAAGAAAAGCAAAAAGAAGAACAAAUGAAAAAAAUGUAUAAGGCUUUGAUUGAUGUCAUAACUGAUACUUUAAGAAAUCAAAUAUUUAAAGUUGAAAUUUCAAGGAGAUUGGUUGAUGCACCAUGUGCUGUUGUAUCAACUGAAUGGGGAUUAUCAGGACAAAUGGAAAAGUUAAUGAAAAUAAAUGUAUCUAAUUCAGAUCAUAUAAAGGCUAUGAGUGGUCAAAAAAUACUAGAAAUUAAUCCAGAUCAUCCAAUUAUGAUUGACUUAUUAAAAAGAUCUGUAUCAGAUCCUAAAGACCCUGAGUUAACUCAAAGUAUAAAAAUUAUUUAUCAGUCAGCUAAAUUGGCAUCAGGUUUUGAUUUAGAAGACACUGCAGAUUUAGCUCAAAUUGUUUAUGAUCAUAUUAAUCAUAAAUUGGGAGUUGAUAAUAAUUUAAAGAUCGAAGAUUUAGAUCCUUCUAUGUUUGAGACAAAGAAAAUUGAUGAAGAUGGAGACAAUCAAAAAGAUGAAGAGGAAAUCAAUAUAGACGAUGAAAUACAGAAACAAGAUACAAAUAAUGGAGAGGAAUCUGAUGAACAGAAGAAUUUUGAAGAAGGUAAUGAAGAAUCAGAAAAUUUGCACAGUGCAAAUGAAGAAUUGUAA